CCCCGUACGGGUCACGUGAGCCGCAGUUCCUCCGGUCACGUGGUGGGCGCGCAGGGCGGCUUUGUGGCCGCCAUGUUGUGCGGCCCCGGGCCGGGCCGGGCAUGGCGGGCGCCGGCAGCAAUUGGCUCUCGGGGGUCAACGUGGUGCUGGUCAUGGCUUACGGCAGCCUGGUCUUUGUGCUGCUCUUCAUCUUCGUGAAACGCCAGAUCAUGCGCUUCGCCAUGAAGUCCCGCCGCGGUCCCCACGUGCCUGUGGGGCAGCACGCACCCAAGGAUUUAAAGGAAGAGAUUGACAUUCGACUGUCCAGGGUGCAGGACAUCAAGUACGAGCCACGGCUGCUGGCAGAGGAUGAUGGGCGGCUCCUGCAGCUGGAGACACCAGGCUGCUAUAACUACCUGUACAGGAUGAAGGCACUGGAUGCAAUCAGGACAUCAGAAAUCCCCUUCCAAGCAGAGGCUCGGUACCCAAAGUCUUUAAUAGGGAAGAAUUUCUGUGCCUACCUGCUGGAGCUGAGGAAUUCCAGCUCCUCCUUCAAGGGCAUCCGCAAAGCCUUGAUCGACACCCUGCUGGACGGCUACGAGAGCGCCCGCUAUGGCACUGGGGUCUUUGGGAAAACGGAAUAUCUGAAGUAUGAGGAGGCUCUGAAUGAACUGGCAAACAUGUAAGUGCUGCUGACCAGAUGCAGUGCACCAAGGCCCGGGGUGGCAGCAGCCAGAGGCAGCACCAGUCAGCAGUGAAGGACCUCACGCUGUCCCCUGAAGCCUCCAGCCCCACCACCAUCCAGGUCACCUACCUUCCUUCCAGCCAGAAGAGCAAACGUGCCAAACACUUCCUGGAGCUGAAGAGUUUCAAGGACAACUACAACACACUGGAGAGCACCCUGUGAGCGUGCAGGGGGCUGGGUUUGCUGGGGGGGUCUGGGCUGCAGUGCAGGCAGCACUGAGAGGAACCAGCUGCACUCUCAGAUCUCCCCCUCAGCCCACUCUGGAGGUCAUCACUCGAGGAGGGCUCCAUUCCAACUGCUGGAGCUUGGCCCUCACCAGGAGCCCGUUCUGGAGCUGCUGAGCCCAUGGGGAUCAGCCCCACGGCCUUCUCUGCCACAGGCUUGUGACUCUCCAGCCUUUGAGUCCUGCAUUGUCCUGGACCCUGUGAAUAAACUCAUGAGCUUGAGCUUAUUUAUAAAGACGUGGAUCCCAGCCAGCGCUCCCCUGCGCCCGUCCUUCCCUGCGGCAGCUGGCGGGAGCUGUUUGUCCGUCCUGUCCGUGAGGGUCUUGGGCACUGGAGCCACUUGUCUGUUUUUUCUGAAGGGUGAACACUUUUCCCCAUGACGUCGUCGUUCCUGCUGCCAGCCCUUUGUGCCCAGCCUGCCUGUGCUCCUGGAUGGGGUAGAAAUAGUUUGGUGCCUGUUCUUAGCACCACGGCUGCACCACCGCUUUGGGCUGAGGUUUCUACUCGUUCUCCUGCACCCAGAGGGCAUUUGGGGACGUCUGGAGGGGACAGAGCGGUGUUCAAUGUCCCAUCUGUUCUGCCAAGGGGGUGUUUGCUCCCACUCUCACCAGCGCCUCGCAUGCCAGCGUCUGCCGAGCUCCUGGGGCUGACAGCUCGUGGCCCCCACGUUGAGUCUGCGUCCUGCCAGGCUGAGGGCAGCGCUGGCAGCAGCUCACCCGACCCUGUGGCGUGGGCAGCACAGAGUGGAGGGUGCAGACCUCGGCACUUUUUAAUUACUGUUUAAUAAAAUGACAGUUUAACUCAA